UCUUAGCGGAAAGGGGCAAUAGAGCUUUUUUGUGCGUGCGCGUGUGUACCAUUACGCUCGUGAAACAAUUAACCUUGUUUACUAUUAUUUUUGCGAAAAGUAUUCAUUUUAAAAACGCUUCAUCAUGCCGGGACGUCCUCUGUGGCAAGUAGCUGGUAAACGCGAACCGGAACAGGAAGCAGAGGCUCAGCAAUGGAUAGAAUCAGUCAUUGGACACAGGUUCCCACCUGGUGUCAGUUACGAAGAUGCUCUCAGAGAUGGAGUCAUUUUGUGCAUGCUCAUGAAUAACCUUCAACCCGGUCUAAUUCACAAGAUCAACACCACAGGUGGAGAUUACAAAAUGAUGGACAAUCUGAAUCAGUUCCAGAAGGCUUGCGUCAAGUACGGCGUGCCAGACGUCGAUCUUUUCCAAGCUGUUGAUCUGAUCGAGCGCAAAAACAUCGCCCAAGUAACCAACACCAUCUUCGCCAUUGGCCGCACGACUUACAAGCAUCCGGAAUGGCGCGGCCCUUGGCUAGGCCCAAAACCAUCCGAAGAACACAGAAGAAACUUUACCGAUCAGCAGCUCCGAGCUGGAGAGGGUAUGAUUGGACUUCAGGCGGGUAGCAAUAAAGGAGCCACGCAGUCCGGCCAAAACUUCGGUGCAUCGAGGAAGAUUAUUUUCGGAAAAUAAGCUUAACCUAGUGAUUUUUUCCUUAUUAUAUACGUACCAAGCUUCUCGAACUUGAUUGAAAUCAAAAUGCUACUUUUGUUAAUGUGCAAACUUGAUUAACUAUUAACAGUAUUUUACAAAGAAAAACUAUUAUUGUUCGCUUAUUUUUCUAAUAUAUAGCCAUAUCUUCUUUACGACGUUUUAUAUAUUCAAAACUAACGACUACAAAUUGUACAAAAAUAACGGAUAUGAACAUGAAAUAAAAUAU